UGGCGUCGUUUUCGCCAAUUUCUUCGGAGGAAUCCAGGUAAGAAAAUGUCAUGUAAACUCGAUUUUCUCCGUUGAUCAGUUUAGGCCGCCAUCUUGAAUUUCCUCAGGCUCAAUGUUGAGUGUUUUAUUUCAUCUGUAGCACCGAAGGAGACCAUAAAUGUUGCGGGAAAAGUCAAAAAAUGCAGCAAAGAGACAGGCCAUUUGGGCAAAUGUGAUUCGAAACGACAAGUAAAUCGUUUCUAGGAAACAUCGCCUAUUUUUAACAUUCAUAAGGAGCGCCAAACGCUCCAAGACAACUUUCGCCAGCUAAAGUCCAAGAAGAUGCUUCAUCCAAGAAGGAGCAAGAUAGAUAUCUUGGCUUUACAAAGGGAGACAGAUGCUCUAGUAGAGGAAUCAGGUUAGUUUCCUACUUGUAAGUGGGUUAGUUGCCGCAAGAUAAAUGGAAUGGAUUAUUAUUUAUUAAUUUAUUUGCCGUUUUGGAAUUGUCAUUAUUUUGAUGAUGAUUUCCUGUCCUUGUUUAUAGAAAGAGCACAGCAAAAAUCCUAUCCUUGUUUAUAGAAAGAGCACCGCAAACUACGCAAAAACCGAUACGGAAAGAAACCGGUAAUCCAGCGUCAAAAGGAGAGAAAGAAAGAGACACUAGACAAAGAAAUAAGUGAAGCAGAGGAGACACUGAGAGAACUAAAAUCGGAGGCAAUGACAACACACGCCACAGGGACUGACCGAACUUGUAGACAUCAAUCGUCAUGGAUCGUUAGGGAAACUGCUCAGAGUGACCGCAAGGGUGUUGCGUUUCAUCAACAAUGCACGUCCAGAUCAAGACCAGACAGUCAAAAGAAAGGGAAGACUGAAAAGAGAAGAAUUGGUUCAGGCCGAAGGCGAAUGGUUGAAAGCGGCGCAAGCAGAUUUGAGAAGACAAGGAAACUUUCAGCAUCUGGUGAGUGAGUUAGGGUUAGUAGAAAACGAUAGAAUUCUUAGAUGUGUUGGAAGAUUGGUUAAUUCCGAUUUAGAAGUCGACGCGCGCAGACCAAUUAUUCUCCUAAGAGACCACGCUUACACGACAUUGGUGAUACGGGACUGUCACGAAAGGGUCUUGCACAGUGGUGUGAGAGCUACGCUUGCAGACAUGCGCUCUAGGUAUUGGGUUCCGAAAGGUAGACGGGAGUUACUACAUCACGGGCGACGAGCGGGGAUAGAAAAAACGACCCAAAUAUGAGCGGUCAGCGGUGAAACAGCUUUUUGCCCCCGCAGGGUUUUUGGCCCCAGAGGGCCAAAAAACCCGAGGAGGCACCUUAGGACUCCCCGCGUAAUUGCCCCCGCCGGGUUUUUUGGCCCCAGAGGGCCAAAAACCCGAGGAGGCACCUUAGGACUCCCCGUGUAAUUGCCCCCGCCGGGUUUUUUGGCCCCAGAGGGCCAAAAACCCGAGGAGGCACCUUAGGACUCCCCGCGUAAUUGCCCCCGCAGGGUUUUUGGCCCCAGAGGGCCAAAAACCCGAGGAGGCACCUUAGGACUCCCCGCGUAAUAUAGAGGAAGACUGGAGAAGAGGGAAUGUGGGUAUUUUCGGUAGAUCAUAACCAGAAAAAAUCUCGUUUUGAUCGCUUGCACGGCCGCAAGGUAUCAACGUUUUUCCCGCAAAUGGUCAUGGGCUGCCAGUAAAAAGACACGCGCGCGAGGACUUUUAGGAUCGGCGUCUUUGACACGAUAUUUGUCCUAGUAUAGAGCAAGACUGGAGAAGAGAGAAUGUAGGUGUUUUCGGUUGAUCGUAACCAAAAAAAAUCUCGAUUUGAUCGCUUGCACGGCCGCAAGGUAUCAACGUUUUUCCCGCAAAUGGUCAUAACUACACAACUGUAAACAACAAGCCCAACUCAAAAAAAAAAAAAAAAAAAAAAAUGGUACUGUAGGGCGGGGGCAGCUCUAGUGAGAACUAUAACUAGUAUAGAGGAAGACUUGAGAAGAGAGAAUGUAGGUAUUUUCGGUAGAUCAUAACCAGAAAAAAUCUCGAUUUGAUAGCUUGCACGGCCGCAAGGUAUCAACGUUUUUCCCGCAAAUGGUCAUGGGCGGCCAGCAAAAAGACACGCGCGCGAGGACUUUUGGGAUCGGCGUGUUUGACACGAGCUUUGUCCUUGUCGAGAUUUCGAGUUAAGCGUCCGCGUCGAGAAGCGUUUCCAAGUCCAACGGUAAUUGUGUAUAGCAUCUUUCUAACAAUUAAAGGUAGUUUUUAGUUUAAAAGGUGAUCAGAAUCCGUCAAAAGAGAAACGGUUGUGUGAAGUCUCGAUCGAAGGCGGUGGAGGGUCCACAGCUCAGUCAGCUAACGUGAGAACUUAAAGCAAAGAACUUGCAGCAUAAUUAAAAUAUAACCAGAUAUCAAAUACAUGAAAAAGUUGAGCUUCGAACUCGUUUGCUUUGAUGUUGGAUUAUUCUCAGAGUUUUAGAGUUUCUUCGGUCGGAGUCCACGCGACCAUCAAAGUGUGAAAGGCGCGGAGAGUGCUGUUUUGUGCUUAAAAGCUGUCUUGACUCAUUUGUGUUAUACAGAAGUUAAUACAGAAAUAAUUUCACCGAUGCUCAGAAGACGGUGUGAGUUUAGCAUUUUGACCGAAAGACUCGGUUAACUCCCAUUUGUCAGCCGCAAAUCAAGCUUAUUGCACAAAGCCGAAAGACUCGGCAAUUUCUGGAUUUGUCAGAGGCAAGUCUGUUAUUGGGCGCGAAGGACUCGCAGCACAACUGAAAGUAAACAGUAGUCAAAGAAAGGAAAUUACUGGUUGUAAUUGUAAAUUACAGCGAAAAAAAACAUCCCAAGCACUUCGCAAAACUACAUUUUGUACACUUGUAGUAUUUUGAGAUCCAAAAUUACUAAAACCAAAGUAUUGAGCCACAAUUCCGUAACAACAUAACAGAAAAAUUACACAACUGUAAACAACAAGCCCAACUAAAAAAAAAAAAACAAAAGAAAAUGGUACUGUAGGGCGGGGGCAGCUCUAGUGAGAACUAUAACUAGUAUAGAGGAAGACUGGAGAAGAGAGAAUGUGGGUAUUUUCGGUAGAUCAUAACCAGAAAAAAUCUCGAUUUGAUCGCUUGCACGGCCGCAAGGUAUCAACGUUUUUCCCGCAAAUGGUCAUGGGCUGCCAGUAAAAAGACACGCGCGCGAGGACUUUUAGGAUCGGCGUCUUUGACACGAGAUUUUUCCUAGUAUAGAGGAAGGCUGGAGAAGAGAGAAUGUAGGCCCUCUUAAGGUAUAAUUUUGUGUCUAAUAACUAUACUAGUUAUAGUUCUCACUAGAGCUGCCCCCGCCCUACAGUACCAUUUUCUUUUUUUUUUUUUUUUUGAGUUGGGCUUGUUGUUUACAGUUGUGUAGUUAUGACCAUUUGCGGGAAAAACGUUGAUACCUUGCGGCCGUGCAAGCGAUCAAAUCGAGAUUUUUUUUGGUUACGAUCAACCGAAAACACCUACAUUCUCUCUUCUCCAGUCUUCCUCUAUACUAGGACAAAUCUCGUGUCAAAGACGCCGAUCUUAAAAGUCCUCGCGCGCGUGUCUUUUUACUGGCAGAUCAUGACCAUUUGCGGGAAAAGCGUUGAUACCUUGCGGCCGUGCAAGCGAUCAAAUCGAGAUUUUUUCUGGUUAUGAUCUACCGAAAAUACCCACAUUCCCUCUUCUCCAGUCUUCCUCUAUAUUACGCGGGGAGUCCUAAGGUGCCUCCUCGGGUUUUUGGCCCUCUGGGGCCAAAAACCCUGCGGGGGCAAUAAUAAUAAAUUGUUCUUCAAUGCUGUCUAUAAAUUGUUCUCCAAUGCCACCUAUAACAUUCCAAUGUUAAAACUCACCCAAGUCCCUACAUUCUGCUUCUUCUUGAUCGUGAAGAACAAACAAAUCCUAAGUUAAACCACACUGCGAAAAAAAAAAAAAACCCCAAGCACUUCCCAAAACUACAUUUUGUACACUUGUAGUAUUUUGAGAUCCAAAAUUACUAACACCAAAGUACUGAGCCGCAAUUCCGUAACAGCAUAACAGAAAAAUUACACAACUGUAAACAACAAGCCCAACUAAAAAAAAAAAAAAAAAAAGAAAAUGGUACUGUAGGGCGGGGGCAGCUCUAGUGAGAACUAUAACUAGUAUACUUCAUAUAGAGACAUAAAAUUUGUUGUUCCAGAGACAAUCGUGUUGUAAAGCCGAAAUGUUAACAGUUUACUUCACAGUUUAAGCAAUUUUUCAAAAGUGUUGAUUGAACUCAUAUCUCUUACUGCUUUAAUAAACAAUGGAGGCAUUGGAGAGGGAGUCAGUGGCAUUCGGAAAGGCACCAAGAAUAAUUAUAUAUAUGGUUUGUAGCUAGCUGCGUGACGUGCGUGACGAAAAAAAAGUAUCAUAAUUUCCGGUUGUCAAAAAUGUCAAUCAAAUUUGGCAGGAACUUGGUUUUCGCACUGUAGUUUGCUUUUCCUGGAAGAUUUUGCCAUGGAUGAAGACCAAAAGCCAACAAUGUUAAGAGAUUUAGAGAUCGACUUUUAGAAGGAACAUCUCAAUGGCUUUUCUGUUGAAGGCAAUUAUUGUUUUGGAUAUUUCGAGGGAAACAGAGCAGAGAUGGAUGAUCUGUUAGUUUCAUUUCAGGCAUUGAACUCCACGUGUUAUGUACUUACAGAAAGCCAUUCAAAAGAGAAAAACCACAACAGAUUUUCUCAAACAGGUAUAUAAUCUCUCAGUGUUUUAAAGUACACAGAUCCCGGUUUCCUAUCCUGACUCUCCUAAUUCAGGGAUAAUUUAAUUGAGAAGAAUCGCUGUCUUUCAGAGUUUAUGGUAAAUUUCUUCAAAGGCAGUCUUACGCGAUUUGCGAGAUGCUGCGUCUGAACUACCUGUUUAUAUUUCAUUUUAGUUUCUUUGUGUUUGUUGUUAUUGCUGUUGUUAUUUUUUUUAUUCAUUUAUCUCUACCUAAAAGGUCUAUUUGGUUUAAAAACAGCGAACAGUGGCUUUGGUGCAAAGGUUUGGGUCAAAGGUCUGGCUCUUAUUGACACCUUUACACGUAAACCGGAAAUAAGGCAUGUUGCUUAACAACUCUAUCUGAUUUCAUUUGACAGCACCUCCCGUACUUGAAAACAACCGCGGAAAUGUCCUCAUACAGUUGUUUGGCCACCCCUUUUCAAUCUCUAGCAGUGAAACUCGACAUUGUAUACAUGGAUCCACAAAGGUUGGUUACAAUUACAGUAAAUGGAUUAGUAAACAUUCAAAUUUUAAGUAAAAAAAGAGGUCAAUCGAGAAAUGAUAACGGAAACUGAGAGUCAAGAGGUUGAAUUUAAGCUUAUUCAAAUGGACUGAUUAAUUUUCUUUUUACGAGGAUCAAAAUGUUACAGGAGUUUUAAGUUAUAUGUUUCAUAACCAAUUUACCCAAAGAAAUAUGAGGGGGAAGGGUGUUGGCAAUAGUAGUGAAGUCAGUAAAAAUCUCAGAUGAUAUCGCAGCUGGGAGAAGAAUGUAAUUUCAUUUUGCUCUCGUAGAACACACCUGUAUUAAAAUCUUCUGUACCAAUUAGGAUGCCCGAGGAAGUUAUACCUGCAAGAGUGACUACGCUAAUGUACACGACUACGCAAGAAAAACUAGAAUACACUUGCAGAAUUCGCCGAGGAAAUUGGAUUGCCCGGCAGUCAUGCAGAUUCGAUGUAUUCGGGCGUACAACGAUUACUUCAUCGACAAAGCAAAGUUCCUAUCAGAUAAUAGCUUGGUGAUGGCUAAGAAGGCUAUUCUAAAAGAAAUCAAUGCCAAAUCGAAGAGUGACUUAGUUUAGUUUCCGUACUUCGACUCGGUAAAGAUCCCGUUAAGCUCUUCCCAUGUCAAAGACUCGUCCACGAUAGGACAAUACGUCGAUAAACGUGUAGUUGACAAAAUCUACGACCUCGUAAAGCAAAAUAUAACCAACCUUUCUGAGGUCAAAGGUCUCUUGAUAAAUAUGUUCCUAUUUUCAGGCCAUCCCGAGGAACGAAGGCCAAAGAAAACAAAUAGGAUAUUACCCUUGUCGCCAGGACUUGCGUUGCCAAGGCGAUUCUGCAGUGAAGUAUUGCGAUGACGACCAAGAAGCAUUGGGUAAAAAAAGAAGAUUGGCAAACUAAGUCUCCCAAAAGCAACUAACCGUACCAGAGACGCUGUCAUUAACGAAAAAAAGAUGAACCAAGACCUUCCUAAGAAACCUUCCUCUUUGUACAAAGAGCCAUGGCAACAACGAAUGCUUGAAAGAUAUGGUAGUGAACUGGCCCUGAUGGACGCCACGUACAAAAACGACAAGGUAAAAUUUUUUUCGUUUGUGUACAUACCAACGUAACUGAAUUCAUAUGUCAGUCCGAAGAUCUCUUUGACGUCCCAUAUCUUUUGUUCAAUUAUAGGUACCGCGGUCUGUAAGAUUUGCAAAGAUGACGAUGGAGAGGAUUGGCUUGGGUGAGAUAGCUGUGGCCAGGUUUUCCAUGCAAGUUGUCUGGAUGUUUUCGGAGACCAUUUCACCUGCCCUUAGGGUGGCUUCUUGUCAGUACAAGUAGAGUUUAAAUUUUAAAGCUGACUAUAACAAUGAACCAGAUGAUGAACUUAAUGUCAACAGACCUUAAUUUGCAAGACAAAAAUACAGUCCUUGAGUCAAUUAAGAUAGAUUUUCACCGUCAAUUGCAGAAUCGUAACUUGAUGGAGCCAACAGGGACAACAUCCCAGAAUUCAAACUUUGUGAUUUUUUUCUCGGCUUAAACGCUAAGUCAGUUGUUCAAUUGAAUAGGAGAAAACAUUUCGAACGGAAAACAGAAUUAUUUGCACGUGUGGAUCUUUUGAGAAAAGGUCUCCUAAACGAGUGGUCUUGAUUAUAAAUAUUUAAGGAAUGGUAAAUACAUUAGCCUUAACAUGGCUGUUUCUCGAAGCUCAGUGUUUUCCUACUUGCCUUUUUUCCACGAAUUGAUUGAAUAGAUAUAAUAUGCAGUAAAAGAAGUUCAGCUGAUAGAAAUUUUAAAUUUCUCAUCUUAGGUUGUGGAUACAAAAUUCAAGUGAAAAGUGUGAUUAAAACAAGUCAAGAUACGUUUUUUUUCGUCACACAACAAGUUAUAAUAAUAAUUUGGAGAAACGAGUAUUUAGUCAAUUUACGUGAGUUUCACAGAGCAAAGGCAGGACGUGUAGUCAGAGAAGUUCAGACAGGUGAUGUAGUGACAGUUUACAUAACAAACAAUAUGCUUGACUCGUAGGCGAGUCAAGGGGGGGAGAGUGUCGAUUACUUAUAUUCAACACUGAUUAGCGCAAAAUACAUGUGGAUAUGAUCUAAUGCGCUAUUGGAGCAGAAGGAUGAUUCCCGAAGACAAAGGGGUGCUGCUAGCACAUUAUAUGAGGAUGAUUCAUGAUUACAAGUCGAGCACUAGAUACAGGAGAAGGGAAGAAACUAAAAACGUAUUAGAAUUUAUUUAUGGGGGUUUUGAAGCUUCAUUGUAUGGGCAUGGGAUUUUUUGGCUGCCAAUGCAAGUAAUGAAACCAUGGGCAUACUAAUGAGUAAUAAUAAGAGGGGCCGAUUUCUUCAGGGUAUUUUUGAGAGAGCUAUUAAUGAUUAUCAGAAGUCAGAAGAAGUACCGCGGUGUUAA